GGGCCUCAUUCCGAGCACUGAGUGCGAGUUCAGACUCCGUGCUGCAGAAAAGAUGUGGUUAAACCGCAAAGGAUACGGAGAAGAUUUAGGAGGAUGUGCCCAGGACUAGAGGGCCUGUGGUAGUGGGAGCCGCUGGCCAGCCUUCCUGUCUCAGCGCGACCGGAAUUGGACACAAUACUGACCAAAGUUUAAUACAGCUGCAAUCUGAUUUCCUUUCUUAACAAACCAAAUGAACGCCUUCUUUGCCGCCUAUCCAAUUGUGUGGCCGCUCACAGUGAUCUGUGGACCCGAACGUCCCCGACCCCAGUUGUUGGUGGUUUCUCUCUCCGCAGACGGGUAUCGCCUCGCCUCCUCCUGUCUGGUCCGACAUUCAGAUGAUCAGAUGAUAUUUGCCACCGAAGAUGUUUCUGGGAUCGAAGAAUGUGGGAUCCACUUGGGAGCUGUUCAGGAUAGCGGGUGCUCUAUCGCUGUUGCUCACUGCCCACUGCUUUAAUCUCGACACAGCUGGGGCAACGAUAUCCCCCACCGGGAAUGGGUCUGAGUUCGGUGAUCGCGUGUUCCAGUUUGGAGACGAUCAGAACAGCUGGAUCGGAGUGAUGGGAAAGGACCAGAUGGGAAGCGCCGUCUUACUCCGCUGCCCGGUCGGAGGCGGUGACUGCCACCCCACCAACGUCACUGAUUCCUUCAACAACCCCGCCGCGCUUUCAAUGGACGCUUCGGGGCCAAACCUGGUGGUCUGUGAUCCCAACACGGUGUUUGGAUGCAUGAGAAACACCUGGUUCCCAGGAAAGUGCAUUCGGUUCGGAAAGCAGCUGGAACUGGAAGCUCCACUGGACAUCGGAAAAAUCGAGUGUAUCCCUGAGAUGCUAGAUGUGGUCUUUCUCUUCGAUGGGUCCAACAGUCUCAGCAAAAUAGACCUGGAAGCGAACAAAAUGUUCAUGUUGAAGAUGAUGGAACAAUCGGACGCUGACAUGCAGUUUGCCAUCGUUCAAUACUCCGCCAUGGUCAGAACGGAACUGAGCUUUGCAACGUUCCAGGCCCAACGAGAGAAUCUGGGUGAGAUCGUGAAUCGCAUCCAACUGAUGGAGAGUUCGACCUUUACCGGAACUGGGAUCGAUUAUACCAUAUCUUCUGUGUUUACGGAGGAGGGUGGGGCAAGAAAAGGGGCAGCGAAGCUCCUGAUUUUGAUCACGGAUGGAGAGACCACACAGGGAGACCUCAGUCUGUCGCAGGUCAUCCAGAAGGCUAAGGACAAACAGAUCACUCGCUAUGCAAUUGGGGUUGGACAGAGUUUCAAGGAGGGCAGCAGGGGUCUGAAUGAGCUGAAAAUCAUCGCCUCGUCCCCCGAUUAUCUGAUCAAGGUGAAAGACUACAAUGAGCUACGUUCUGUUUUCCAGGAUGUCAAGUCCAAAAUCUACAAGAUUGAGGGAACGCAAUCCUCCAGCGAGAGCUCCUUCGAGAUGGAGAUGUCCCAGGUGGGAUUUAGCGUCCUCCUCAACGAGGACUCGGUCCUCCUGGGGGCCGUGGGGGCCUAUGACUGGUCUGGAGGCCUGGUGGAGAUUCGCGAUAAGGUGAGGACCUUCAUUAACGUCUCCAAGUGUCACCACGACAUGAAGAACGCCUACCUAGGUUACUCCGUGGAGAGGGCGGUAUACGGGAACAGCACCCUCUACGUGGUGGGUGCUCCCCGCUAUCAGCACAAGGGAAAAGUCGUCGUCUUCGGCCAGGGAGGCAACGAGACCUGGGAACCAAAGCAACACAUUAAAGGAGAACAGAUCGGCUCCUACUUUGGCGCGGAGAUCGGCGUCCUAGACCUGGAUGGAGACGGUGGGACAGAUCUGCUUCUGAUCGGAGCUCCUCUCUACUACCAGCCUGGAUACGGCGGAAUGGUCAAGGUCUGCUCCCUCACUCCCGAGGGCACUUUCGUCUGCAACGGCUCGCUGCAAAGUGAACGGGGGGAUGGACUGGGACGUUUCGGGGCCUCCAUCGCAGUCCUGCGCGAUCUGAACGGGGACGGAUUAUCAGACGUUGCCGUGGGGGCCCCGUUGGAAGACGACCGUCACGGCAGCAUCUACAUCUACCAGGGCGUCUCCGGAGGGCUGGAGGAGAACUACAGUCAGCGAAUCACUGGCCGCCAAUUCUCCCCGUCCCUGAUGUUCUUCGGACAAUCAGUGCAGGGGUCUAUGGACAUGACGGGUGAUAACCUGACAGACGUCGUGGUCAGUGCGGCUGGGAACGUCGUCCUCCUCCGUUCCAGGCCGGUGCUGGGGGUAGACGUGGAAGUGUUCUUCCAGCCGCGGGAGCUGGGUCUGCAGAGUUACCGGUGUCCGUGGUCCGAUUCCAAGAUGCGGCUUGUGAGCAACGUCAGUAUCUGCUUUAAUCUGUCAGUGAAGGGUCAUGCUCCUCCAGAUGCGUUGAGUGUGAACCUGACUUACCAGCUGGACCUGGACAGGAAUCGUCCCUCUCCCAGGGCUCAGCUGGAGACAAGCGAACACCGUUUCACCGGCUCCCUCAACCUUUCCGGAGACAGCACGUGCGUCCAGCACAACAUUUGGUUGCCGGCCUGCGUCGAGGACUCGCUAACCCCCCUGGAGCUCAAUGUCAGCUUCUCAGUGACACCCUACCCGCGGUCGGAAGGAGUGGUGGAACAUCUCCCUCCCGUCCUGAGCCACCGCUGUCACACCGUCUUCAACCAUCAGCUCCGUAUGGAGAGAAACUGUGGGGAGGACGAGAUAUUUACAGAUUACCUUAUUCUCAAUGCGCAGUACAACGGAGGGACCCUCGUACUGGGACGGGACACCAUUCUGGACCUAAAGCUGUGGCUGGAGAACCGGGGCAAAGAUUCCUACAACACCUCCCUCCGCAUCUGGCACCCACACGGCCUCCAGCAACACCGCAUUUAUAGCACCAAUGACAGUAGGGUGGAGUGCAGCUCCAGCCCGGAUCCAGCCCGGGACCAUCGCGGGUUGUUAGUUUGUUUAAUCAGUCACCCCAUCUUCAGGCAGGACCAAGAGAUGGACCUGAGUCUGAGUUUCCAUAUUCAGGGGUCACCGGACUGGGGAGAGGAGGCGACGAUAGAGGUGGAAGCCCUCAGCUCCAACACAGACAGGAUUACCAACGAAACCACCCGCAACAUAACGAUACCGUUUCAGUAUGCCGUGGAGGUCGUGGUGACCAGUCUCAGCACCACACGCUACAUACGGUACACGGGGGACGAUCAGGGGCAGAAGGACGUGACUCACACCUACAAGGUGGAAAAUCUGGGCCCCUACCCUGUCCCGCUCAUACUGAACUUCACCUACACCCCGAAGAUCGGAAACUUUGUUUCAUGGAGUGCGCGUGUUGAUCAUAAAGAGGACCAGAAACCGAAGUGUAGCGACCCCAUGGAGUCUCCGAAAGACGCCAUCCAGGAUCUGCUCAAGGGAAAGGAGACCUCCGGGAUUCAGGUCCAGACGGUCGUCUGCAACUUCCACUCAAACCCCAACAACAAAACGGAAUUCCAGCUGAAGGGCUUCGUACAGCUACAGCCUAGCGGGGACGUGUACAUGAAGACCCUGUUCAGCUCGGCUCUCCUCUCUGUAAACAGUUCCCGCCACAUCAGCCAGAAGGGAAAACUCAGCCUCAAGGCGGAGGGACAGACGGAUGUGCUGGUCGACCCAAAGAGCGAAAAGAUGCUGUUAGCCAUCGGCUGCGCGUGUGGACUGUUACUCCUCAUCAUUGUCAUCCUCAUCCUCUGGAAGUGCGGAUUCUUCAAGCGGUCUUUCCCGGAGAGUUAUGACGGCGGGUUGCAAGCAGCCGAGAAUCAGAAAAUGAUAGGGAUGGAUGGGAAGGCAGACGCCUCAGCAAUGGCCAAUGACGACGAGGGACCGGCGAACGGCAGCUCUCCAUCGCCCAAUGACAAGACGACACCGCCAAUGAUAACGCGACUUUGACCGAUGCAGAAGCCUUCCCAUCUCCUUGAUCCCCUUCCCAUGCCCGUCUCCCUCUCCCUGUUAAUCCCUGCAAUACUCCUGCAUCGUUAUACCCUUUUCCCCUUGCCCACUCCUCAGUUCCGUGUCUCCCCACCCCCCGUCUCUUUCUCCC